CAUGAAUAUUCRGAGUGUUCUAUGCCAACACGUCUGUACACCUUAUGCUUUGAUUGGAUAAUUUUCAAGAGUAGCUUGGUCCUAUGCAAAUUAAGGGAUUGUAUAUCAUCUUUCCAAUUGGUCUAAAUCAUACACAUUAAUUUAACCAAUCACCGAGCAGAGUUUACAAUCCGGUUUACAUGUAUAAGAGAUUCUCAGUAGUCCAAGAACUUAAAGAAGGUUUUUCCUUUCYUGGUGGAGCAGCAUCUGUACUAGAUUUAACAUGUCCGGACGCGGMAAACAGGGCGGAAAGGCGCGGGCCAAGGCCAAGACUCGCUCUUCCCGAGCCGGUCUUCAGUUCCCCGUGGGCCGUGUSCAUCGGCUUCUACGCAAAGGCAACUACUCCGAGCGAGUUGGGGCCGGCGCUCCUGUCUACCUGGCCGCUGUGCUGGAGUAUCUGACCGCCGAGAUCCUGGAGCUGGCUGGCAACGCGGCCCGUGACAACAAGAAGACGCGUAUCAUCCCGCGUCACCUGCAGCUGGCCAUCCGCAACGAUGAGGAGCUCAACAAGCUGCUGGGCCGUGUGACCAUCGCUCAGGGCGGYGUCCUGCCCAACAUCCAGGCAGUGCUCUUGCCCAAGAAGACCGAGAGCCACCAUAAGGCUAAGGGCAAGUAAAUGAAAAGCUGGAAUUUUUGAU